AUGUCAUUAGUACUGGAGUACGUUCAGCGCUGGCAUUCUGAAAAAGGAGUUUUUGAAAAGGAAUGCCUUCGGUUCCCUGGUUUCAUGACCAAAUUGCAAGUGCGAAACGCGGAUGCUACAAGUACCGACAGUGCCAGUGAUGGAAUGAAUUAUGAAUCAUACAGGACGUUAUGUCAUAAAUGGCAAUAUCGAAUGACGCGUUCGUGCCUUUCCAUCUUGGACGGCACCAAUUAUGUGAUGAUGAGAAAUUGUUUAAUUGUUAUGAUUAAGACGUUGGCAAAUUUCCCCUUGAUCGAAAAUCACAUUGCAAAUAUCGAGAAAGCUGUGAACAGAGUACGCGAUGUCGAGAAAGGUCACAGGGAUGAUCUUUCCCUAAUGGCUGCUUCUUAUGCGGGUCAUCUGCGGAUGCGUAAGACGCACACGUACACCGAGUCGCAGUUUCAUAACAGGAUAACAGAUGCAGCCAAAAAGGCAACGCGUGCCACUCCAACAAAAAGUCCGGCUGGUGGCAAUAGUGCAACUGUGAAAACCCCAUCGGCAAAGAACAUAAAUGCAGAAGCUGUAGACUCGAGCAAACAGCAACAGGUACAUCCUAUCGCGGUCACUGUGCCUGAUCCUAGGAAAGCAUCUAAUGGAGUGACUGAGUCACGAAGGGCAGUAGUUGCUGAUGAGGAGAAACGAAAAGCAGAAAUGGCAGUUGCAGAUGCUCCAUCGAAAAAGAAAUUAAGUAAGUAA